GACCCACGCGCUACCCGCGGUAGCUCGCUCGUCCCCGGACCACACUCGUAGCGCUCACGUCGAUCUGAACACGCGUCUCGUAGCCGGGUCGUAGCUCGCGAAACUGCAGAGUAAUGUAACCUUUCGGCCGCUACGGCUGACUCGACAUCGCUAUUAAAAGCAUGUCAUUAAUACCUACGAUCUCUCAUUGUAGUUUUACCCUGAUGUAAAUUCAUUUAUGAAAUUUUAAUAAAAACACCUGUGUGAUUGUUAAUUUUUGUCAAAUUUUCAAGUGAUUACUACGUUUGUUUACUUUAUUUUUUUUAGCUUAUUCUAUGUAACAUGAUUGAAGUUGUCAACUUUAAACGACCAUCCCCAUCCCCAUCAAGAAGUUCUGUUCGAAGCGACAGCAGGGUAUUCAGACAACCACGCGUAAUCCAAGUGAACCGAGAUGCCUCUACAAUGGUUGAUGGAGAAGCCAGCGGCCACGGUGCUACGGUCGGAAACCCACCGUCGGAUUGUGACCCGCGACGUGGGUUACACACUACAAAUUUUCGAUCUCGUACAUUUAGCGAUGGAUUUAUAAGAAAUACCAGCUUAGAACUUUUGUUAGGUGUUGAUUGUGAAGCUUGCAUAGCAUUAGCUGCCCAGCGACAGUGUCUAAGUGAACACAUAUCAAAACAUGAUUUAGACUUAGUUUGCAAUUGUAAUAUACAACAGAACAACUACCUAAACUGUCAUCGAAAUGUUUCUGAUCAUCGAGGCCACACUCUAAAUAUUUAUGAUUUAGAGAGAAUCAAAAGAGAAACCGAUAGAAGUCUAAUAAACGUGGGAUCACACCAAAGUCUCGACAGAAAACAAACAAGAAAUAAAUCCAUUGGUGUCUCUAAUUAUAUUUCGAAACAAUUAAUAUCGUAUGACCCAAGAAAUACUCUUGUCCAAAAAAUCAAGAGAAAACUAUCUAAUUUGAAAAAAAUCGGCGGAGAUGCUAUCACCAAGAAACAUCAAAACGCUGUCCAACUCGCCGAUAUAGCAUCCGGGUCUACCAGCUCCCUCAAAAAACUAUCUAUGCUGUCGAUUGCGGACAAACCACAAAGAAGAGUUAACAGCCAUAGCAACAUAUAUCCAUCGACGACAGUAAAUAGAGACGACUACAAACACAAAGCGUCAACAUACGCAAAUUUUUCUGGUAACGUGGACCAAUGCUUUGAUAGACUGAAAGAUUCCAAUACAGUCAUGGAUAUAAACAAUACGACACAAAAAAUAAGAACUUUUGAUAACAAUCAGGAGCUGAUCCGCAGGAAUAAUGUGGAUAUAGAUGCAAUGAAAUUUUCUACUUUAGACAAUCGAAGCAGAUGUAGAAGUAUCCGUAGACAACUAUCAUACAACGAUUUUCCUAGUGAUCGAUGCAAGGAGAAAAUCACGGAGACAUGGAUGACAAAUGAAAAUACUAUUGAGUCCAGGAGUACUCGAAGUGAUUUAGUCGACGAUGAUGUCCACACGUUUAUUGACAACGACGUAGUGGCAAUGACAGGAACGAGGCCGACACACGCACAUUGUACCUGCACCCAGAGCUAUGAUAAUAGAAUGCCUUCUUUAUUCUACGACUCGCAAGGCAAGAAACGGUCGGCGCCAGCACCUGACGUGACAGAGCGUAGUCAAGGGACUCGCGCAAACGUUUGUAGCGCUUGCAAAGUACCGCAAUGGAUAUCUACUGGUACAACAUCGACUACAAGCCACAGUUCAACUACAACUGGAAAUUCUUCUCGUUUUUCAAUAUGGCACCGUCGAUGGUGCUGCGUAGCAGUUUUAGUACUGGUAGCCGGGACCGCGUGCGUAGCAGGCCCUCUUGCUUUGAGAGCUCCUCCAGGCGCUCCGAUGCAUGAAAGACUUCGACUGGCCGAAAGACUAUUACACGAUACGCCUCUUAUCGACGGACACAACGACUUGCCUUGGAAUAUAAGAAAAUUUCUACACAACAAGAUUAAAGACUUUUCGUUUGAUGAGGACUUGAGGACGAUAUCACCAUGGGCGACGAGCUCGUGGAGCCACACUGAUUUGCCGAGGUUAAAACAAGGCAGGGUCGCUGCUCAGUUCUGGGCGGCGUACGUGCCUUGCGAUGCGCAACACCGCGACGCCGUGCAGCUGACGUUCGAGCAAAUUGACCUCAUCCAGCGACUCACUGAAAAAUAUCAACCUCAGCUUACAAUGUGCACUUCUGCCGAAGAUAUUAAAAUAGCGCACGCUAAUCAUCGUGUAUGCUCGUUGAUUGGUGUCGAAGGCGGUCACGCUAUUGGCAGUUCUCUUGGGGUGCUAAGAACACUGUACCAGGUCGGCGUUCGUUACUUGACAUUGACCUCUACUUGUGACACGCCCUGGGCUGAGUGCGCUUCUGCUGACAGAGUUGAACCAUCGCCCCGGGGAGGACUCACGGCUUUUGGAAAGGUAGUAAUAAAGGAAAUGAACAGAUUGGGAAUGCUAGUGGAUUUAUCUCACGUGUCAGAGCGAACUAUGCGUGAUGCUCUGGCUGUCUCACGAGCACCAGUGCUUUUUUCUCACUCUUCUGCACGAGCUCUUUGCAACGUUACUCGUAACGUUCCUGACACAAUACUGAGAAUGUUAGCUGCCAACAAAGGACUCAUAAUGGUGAAUUUUUAUACUUCAUUCCUGACUUGUAAGGAAACAGCAACCGUUCAAGAUGCGAUUGCUCACAUAAAUCAUAUACGGAACGUGGCCGGUGUGGACAGCGUCGGCCUUGGCGCCGGGUACGAUGGGAUUAAUUAUACACCACAAGGUCUGGAAGAUGUAUCAUCCUAUCCAUUGUUAUUUGCCGAGCUGAUGGAGGCAGGCUGGAGCAUAGAAGAUCUUCGUAAGCUUGCCGGACUGAAUCUACUCCGGGUAAUGGGCGCAACAGAGAGGGUAGCUAAAGAAUUGGCAGCUGCUCGUGUUGUACCUUACGAAGACGUGCCACCGCGAAUUUUCGACGCUCAUAACUGCUCCAGUCAAGAUGUUUAAGACUUUUUAAGCUAAUGAAUACUUUCAAUUUAGAUAUAGUAGGCAGCUGCAAUUUAUUAUGGCACCGCAAAUAACCUUAAUAUUCAUGCAAGGGUUGUGAUCUAGAAAUUAGAUGAAAUCCGGCAAUGAAGAUAUGAAGAAUUUUUCUUUCUUCUUACAAUUCAUUUUAGUAAAGUAAAAAUAAUAUUAAGUGUAAAUGUCACCUCCAAUAAUAGAGCCCCUACUUUAAUAAGUUACCUUAAUUUCGAUGAUUGUGAUAAAUAGUAUAGAAUUUAUAACAAACCCUUUCUUCUAAAAUUGUAAAUAUAAUACCUACUUUUCAGAAUAAUUGUAGAAAAAUAGAGGGGUUGACAAAACUGGAAAGAGUUUUUUUAUAUUUUAUUCGUAAUUCUGCUAUUGCCGGUGGCAUAUAUUUCAUAAUAUGUAACAAAACAUUUCAUAAUUACAAAUAGUGUUUUACUGCUACAAUUUUAUUUUUAAAUAGUUUAACAUAGAUUUACCUAUUUAUUAGAUAGCUAUUUACUUGUUUUUUUUAAACAUGCGAGACUUGCUUACUUAUUUUACCUUUACAUACUAAUAAUAUUGGAAAAUAAUUUACUAUUUGUGAAAAAGAUUAGGUAAAUUCUUAAAGUAGGUAAUGACUUGUUACCAAAUAAAAACAUUGAAGGCUUAGAAUUUUUGGAGAAUCAAAAAAACAAUUGUCUGUAAAUACUAUUCAUAAUUAUUCUAUAGCUUUAUCUUUUGACGACCAAUAGUUGUAACAUAAAUUUAGAAGAAUAAUUAUGCGUAUUUGUUGUCCUUAGACGUAAAUCCCCGCCUAUGACUACGAUUAAUGUGAUUGCGUCAACCCGCGAAUAGUGGCUAGGUUAGUUUUAAUUUAGUGUUGUUGAUAUUAAUUGAGACGUUUCAUAGGUACAAUUCAUUUACAUGUGAAUUGAAAUAUCAUCGUAGUUACUUUAGUAAUGCAAGUAUAAAUUGAAAAAAAAUGUAUUGAUAUUUUGUUACUAUUUAAAAACAAACGUAUUUAAAAAUAACAAAUGCGAUCCAAUGAUCUUUAUCAGAUUUUGAUGUACUACAAUCUACCUACCAAAAAUAAGCUGCUGUGGACAUUAAUUUACUUUUGGACAUAGAUUUUACUGUUUUUUCCUACCUACCUAUUCCAGUGACCUGGGGGGACCCCACUUCCCGCCCUCGCUUCGCUUCGGAUACUAUCAUUUAUUUGAUUUUAUUAAAUUUUCCUUUAUACAAAUUUGAACUUGAGAAAAUGAUGUAAUAUAGGAUAUUGUAUAACGAAUUGUUUGUAGUACCAUCAUUAAGUUCUAUCAUGUGGCUCUCAAAAUACUGUCAGCACUACCAUUCCCCUAUCCCUAUCUAUUGCCUAGUCUCUUCUGGCUACUUCUGGCAAUUCGUAGAGCUACAAAUGCACCUUACGCCCUUUCAAUUGAUACACCAUUUCAAUUGAAGCCUGUUAACGUAUUCUGCAAUAGACAGGUGUUGGUAAAAGUUCAUUGUUUUUCAAUAUACUAACCUUGAAAGUUGGCAUAAAGUGUUGCAUAAUUUCAUUUGAAAGCAAUUAUUGUAUUGCUGGUAUAAGUCAGAAAAUGCUUAGAAUCUGGUUUAUUUUCAAUGAAUGUCCCAUUUCCAAACCAAUGAAUGUAGUGGCUCCGGUGGCGGUACCAAUUGCGUCAAUUUGAAUUGACCGUUCGCACAACACUUUUUUUUUCCUACCUAUGCUGAUAGCCUUGAGAGACUAUUUCAGCUUUACCCUAACGUGAGCUCACGGGGCUCAAACCGGACAAACCAGGAGCUUCAUUUUUAUACUUAAAUACCUUGAAAUAUUGGCACACAACAUUUAUUGGUCCAAUAGCAACGGUUUGCCGUAAACUGUGAAAUUCAGUUUUUUUACAUCCUCUUAAGUAUUUUAUCAAUACCUACAACUUCAACCGAAGCAUUUGUUUUAAGCGAUAUUCAGUUUUUUUACGUCCUCUUUGAGGAUAUUUGCAGCACGCAUUCUGUCAAUGCUACGUCAAACGACAUAAGGUUACAUUAGAAAAGUUAAUAUGGUGGUUAAGUUUUCUUAACUAUUUUAAUUUUCCGUGCAAUUUUAUUAAUUUUUUCUUUCAUAAGAACCUUGUCCUGAUAAUAACAAACACAAAAAAAAAAAAAGAUUAGCGCAAUCUGUCCAGCCGUUCGCGCGUGAUGUCGUGAACAAGGGAAAUAGGGGUUCAUUUUUAUACAUAUAGAUACAUAUGUAUAUAGAUACAUAUGUAUAUAGAUACAUAUGUAUAUAGAUAAUAAACACUCACACAAACACUAAGAACAAACAAAGCUGUUUAUCAUCAAAAGUUGUCGCAAAAACACCUCAUUGCCAUAAAAAAAUUUAAUAUACUCAUGGCUUGUGAACUCGCACGAAUCUGUCGUUAUUGUCAAUCGAUGACGGAUUAAAUAUCUUGUUUUUAAUUAAGAUACUUUCUUAUUAAUUAAAUGAAUGAAUUAUUAAAGUAUACAAAGAAUAUUAUAUAUAUUUUUACAUUUAAAAUGUAUAUAAUUAUCUCUCGAACGUACGAUGCGGAGGCGUGGCAGGUUCUGGCACGCCGUGUUGCUCUACGAUGUAGGCUGUACCUACGUAUAAUUAAUAUCCCUACAACCAGUAAUUAUAUAAAAUUAUGUUUGUGUGUCAAUAAUAAGAUCACUACUUUGGCAUACGAAAUUACAACAUAAAAAAAAUCUUCGAAAUUUAAAUUUGUUCAAAAUGUUUAUUGAUUCGUAGCCUGCUAAUAUAACUCACAUCAUAUGGUAGGUAAUUUAUUGUACAGUCACAUGACUCAAGAACGUAUUUUCAUUAGCGGUUUGGUAGAUACAGAGUGCUUCAUUUCAUGUAUAUUUCCCUCAACUACGAACAUACUAUAUAAUCACUAUCGAACCUGAACCAGCUAUUUUCCCUAGUCAUUAUUCCAUCUGUGGGGAAGCCAGACACGGAACCUAUAUGAGCCUGUCUGGACUCUGCCUGAUUGGUUUGUCGACAAUGAGAAUCCGACAUAUUAGGAGCAGAGCAGAGCAGAGUGAAAUUAGUCAAUGUCAAGUUCCUCAUUGAUACAAUUUUAAAAAGCAUACUUUGAUUUUAACCAUUUAACUACUGAACCCACUUGUAUUAAGCGGAUCCCAAGACUGAAAAGUUUUAUAAUUAACAAUAAUAAUUAAUAAGCAUGCAAUUUUGUAACGUAUGUUCUGUCAAUUUUAAUUUAACUACUAGUUAAAAUAAUUAUAAGCUAAAUAUUAUUUAAAACCUUCCCAAAAGAAGGUCUCUGCAAACAUAUCUCGUUUUAAAUAAGAGAAAACCAAACAGUAAUGUUAAUUGUAAGCAGCUUUGCAAAAUAUAAAUUUAUUGUUUUAAUUUUAUAAUCUUAUAGCAUUGUAACGUUCUAACAAAUUCUAACACCAUUCUAAUUAAAACAAUAUCGUUAAAAAUAGAAUAAAUAUACAAAUAGACAGUUGCUUUGUAAGAAUGUGUCAAUAGCGGUUUUCAAAUUGAUUACUUGAUAAAUGAUUAAUAAAUGAUUACCCUCAAUUUGUAAAUUGACCUGAAUUUAAAAUUGAUGGUAAUCAUUUAUAUUUAUGAUCUCCUGUUCUAAGAAAUUUUUUGUAAGUACCAACAUGCUUAAAAUUGAUGUAUCCUAUGAGAUAUUUUGGCUUGUAUCUAAGCAACUAUCGAUGAUUGAAUGUAGUUCAUAUAGCCCGACGGAAUACUUAGUAAUAAACAUAAUUUUCCAUCAUUAACAACUACACGUCUUUGUGAGUGGGUUAAUGGUGUAACCUCUGUAACUAGGCCCUAACUGCCUCAUAAGAAAGUCCGGGUAGAAUUUACAAUUGAAGUCAGAAUCAUUUUAAUAAAUAGUUUGUAUUCUGAAUUUUUUCUUCGUAUACGUAUUUUGUUUACGUCUUGGUACCCAUAACAUAAGAAAAAAUUCUAAAUCGACCAUCUUUUGUAAGUCACACUGCUCAAUAUCAGCUAUGUAUAUCGUUUAAAUCAGGCUUUAGGAUUAGAAUCCUUUUACUUUAACACCGUGGCCACCGUAACCGACAGCUCUAAUGCUGAUGACACCUAUAUUUUCUAGCUAAGUAUGUAUCUACAUGGUUUAUCCCAGUAUAUCGUUUUAAAUAGUCAUAGCUAUGUUAUAUUAUAACACACAUACUGGUUGACAACAAGUCUUAUGGGUAUCCAAAUCGUUGACCGUGAAUUAAAGUUAAAGUUAAGUUGCAGCCUAUCCUCCUCCUCUUGUCAGCAAUCUCAAGUGUACUCAAGGUUCGGCGCAGGUACUUAGAUAUACCAAUAUUAUUACAUUAUACAUUAAACAAUACGAUUGAUAAGUCGACUUCGGGUGACCUCAAAGUGGGUGAUAUUUCUGUUGCUUUCAAGGUCUGGGCUCGAGUACUUUGCACCAGGUGUGCUUUUAGUACGUUCCCUCACUUAAUCCAGUAAGAAAAAAACGUAGCCAGCCUCAUCUCUCACGAGUCAGAUAUUUGGUUACAUUUUUACAAAAUAGUCGGAUAUAGGUCAACGAGCUAUGCUAGUUAUUAAAGUUAGAGAUCCUUUAAUAAAUUUUAUAAUUUUUAUGACCAAAAUCAUUGUACUGACAAAUAAAUAAUUUACCUCAAAAA